CUUUGGUGUAUUACAUUUCAUGCUGUGGGGAAAACAAUAUAAACGUAUAACGAAGGAACGGGGCACUUUUUAUCUUUCAGAACAUCAGGAAGGGACGGUCUUUUGUGAACGUGAGGUCCCUUGAGGACGAGGACUUUGCUUGGAGAAAUCGUAGUCGCUGCUGGUCGUGAAAUCUAAAAAACACUGAGAGAAUGUCAAACACUACACUACCCACCUCAGUAUUUUCACCAAUCUCGACAUCUUCCAUAACUCCGACGCCAACAAGUUUAUCCAUGAUGAGUACAGGCAUUGCUUCCACAGUAACGGAGCCAACGCAAAACUUAACGGUGGUAGGCACUACGACUUCCCCUUCAUCAGGAAUGGACCUCAAGCAUAGGCUACUCUUUGUAUUGCUGGGAUCGCUUUUUGGUAUUAUUUUAAUCGUGGUGAUAGUGCUUGCUCUCAUGUGCAAGUAUGGGAGGAAAGCUAACCAAAGGACAGUAACACCUAUUUCAACGGACGCCAGCGAUGAACCACACGAAAAUUCGCCUCCUCGUCCUGUUUGGUCGGAGAAAUCAAAGAAUAAAAACAAGAAAUGACCACUGAACUAAUCAAACUAGUGCGAUUGGGAAACAAUAGGAGGAAUUCUUACUUGUACUGCACUGGACUAUUCGUAGUAUUGAUGGUUUUCACGGCGGCCAUGUUGGAGGAACUUAACAAAAGAAUUGUCAGUGAAUAAUUUUGUUAUAUCCUUCAACAUGGCCGCCGUGUCUUUUGUUAUUCAAUUCUCUUGGGAAUGGUUGAAAACCAUCAAUAGUUGUUAUAACUGACGAUUUUUGGUACAUUUUAGUUACAACGUCAUUUAUAUGUGCUGUAAGCAAAUGACGUCACUUUAUAGUCAUAUUAUGAGAAUUGUAAUUUAAACAAGAAAGCGCACGAGUUUUGUACACAUUCAUAGCUAGCUACUAACGACUAACUUAAUUUUACUCUAAAGCUAAAUGAAAGGCCCAAGAACUGAGAUUAGUAGAAAAAAACAUUUUGUCAACAAGGCUAAAUGGGACUUUCCCAUUUAUUUGAAAGGGGGUUCAGUAAAAUGACUCAAAUUCUCUCAAAACUCGUCACAAACAUUAUGAAUGGACAAACACGCCUUGGAAUAAGGGUAAAUUUUAUUGAAAUGUUUCCAUUGAA